AUGGCGUGGGACAGGUGUAACCAGGACUUGGUGUGGAGAGAAAUAGAGUGCGCUGCAUUGGUUGGCGAAGACCAGCCCCUCUGCCCCGACCUCCCCGAACUCGACCUCUCCGAGCUGGACGUGAGCGACCUAGACGCCGACGGCUUCCUGGGCGGCCUCAAGUGGUACAGCGACCAAUCGGAGAUCAUUUCCGCGCAGUAUGGCAACGAGGCGUGCAAUCUUUUCGAGAAGAUAGAUGAAGAAAAUGAGGCCAACUUGCUGGCAGUGCUUACAGAGACCCUGGAUAGCAUCCCGGUGGAUGAGGACGGUUUGCCUUCGUUUGAGGCUCUGGCAGAUGGGGACGUGACCAAUGCCAGUGACCAGAGUUGUCCCUCCUCCCCCUCGGGCUCUCCUCGCACCCCAGAGCCCGAGGAGCCUUCCCUGCUGAAGAAGCUCCUUCUGGCGCCCGCAAACUCCCAGCUCAGCUAUAAUCAAUACACAGGUGGCAAGGCACAGAACCAUGCAGCCAGUAGCAACCACCGCAUCCGAUCACCACCUGCCGUCGUCAAGACGGAGAGCCCCUGGAACGGCAAAGCGAGAGGGGUCUCCGGCCAACAGAUCCGCCCUCUGAGGCGGCCUUGCACAGAGCUGCUGAAGUACUUAACAGCCACCGAUGACAUCCUGCUCCACACCAAAGCCAACGACGUCAAGGGUAGCUGGAGCGGCGUCCCCGGCAGGGACAAGAGCUGCCUGGGCCUGGGCGCCUCCUCUUCUUCUUCCUCCUCGCCGUCCUCGUCGUCCACCUCCUCCUUCUCCUCCCUGUCCUCUUCUUGUUCCUCGGUCGCAUCCAAGAAGAAGUCGGGCGUGCCGCCGCAACCGCCGCCACCACAGCAGCAUCACCAGCGAGGUGAGAGCCGGGCUGCAGGCGAAUGUAGUGGGGCUGGGAAGUGGCAGCGUUGCGCUCAGGAUGACGGGGUUGAGGAGUCGGAUGUGGCCUCUAUCUCUGUCGGCCACAGAACCUACAGCUGCGGCCACGCUCGCCCUAAAGCCAGCGAAGAAGAAAGGCCGCCAGGUGAUGCGGGCCACCUGGCCGCCGCUAGGUUCAUUAGGUAUAUGCAUUCUUAUUCCCUCCCUCCCCGAGAGGCGAGUCACAGCUGUGAGCAUUGCCGAGAGGCUGUAGGCGCCACUCGAAUUAAGAGUAGUUGGGCCACUCGCGCUCAACGUAGGCACAUCACAGUGACUAUUAGGAAGCGGGACGCAAAGCCGGGGCACCCCUUACUUAGCCAGCUGCUCACCACCAAGCAGAGACCCGCCCGCUACCGAGACCACCUUCUCAACCCCGUGACCGGCACUGACGGUCAAGUAGUAAGAAAGCGAUCUGAACGUAUCAAACCCAAGGAGAAAGAGCGCGGAAAGCAGAGUGGAGUGACAAACUCUGACCUGCUAGACUUGGGCUUUGGACUAGAGCCGGGGUGGCCAAGCCAGGGAGGCUAUGGGGAGGAUGUUGACCAUGAUAAUCAUAAUGAUGAUGCUGCUCCUGCUGCUAAUGGUGUCUAUGAUGAUGACCAUGUCACGGGCAGCCCCGGCGCAGUGCUCUCACAGGGCCCGCCGAGCCCACUCUUCCCAGAUACUAGCAUUGCAGAGCCCACCCCUGCCCGCUUCAUGCUUGGGCACGGGCAGCCACACAGGCAGGCACUCAGCGAGCACCCAGACGACCACCUGUUGUUAGCCAAACCAACCACCUUGCCACUUCCUUUGACCCCAGAGUCUCCAAAUGACCACAAGGGAUCACCGUUUGAGAACAAAACCAUUGAAUGCACAUUGAGUGUGGAGAUUGCUGGAACCCCAGGUCUGACACCACCAACUACGCCCCCACACAAAGCCAGUCAAGAGAAUCCUUUUAAAGCAUCGCUCAAAACCAAGUUGUCUUCAUGUUCCUCCUCGGCCUUGGCGUGCAAAAGAGCAAGGCUGGUCGAGUUGGGUCCAGGCCCUACCAGGAAGGGCCCUGAACAGACUGAGCUGUAUGCCCAGCUGAGCAAAGCGUCCACUGUCCUACCGUACACUCAACAAAUGACAGGGAGAGGACUUGAGGAGCAUCGAGGUGCUAGCAACCUUAAACGGGCUUCCGCCCGUGGCUUCAGCGACCACGACUAUUGUCAGGCAAGCACAAAGAAGAACGGCAACGCGGCUGUUAGUGCUGCGACUUCAACAGGAGAAAAGCCCGCUUCUGUCGGGGACCAGCACGUCAGAUGUACUGACUCAGCCAUGCCUCCAUCUUCUUCAUCUUCAUCUUGUCCUCUAGCCAAGUUUCAGAGUUUUGUCUCGGGGAAGGAGUCCCUUUCCCAGAACUCCCAGAUUCUCCCAGAACUGGACGGCUCAUCCGCCCUCAGCCGCAAGCUCCUGUGCGACCACGAAAUUCGAGCGGAACUCAACAAGCACUUUGGAAAUCCCUUGCAGGCCCUCUACAGUCAGGGUGAGAAGGAGAAGGAGCCGGGAAGCAAUAAGGUCGGGCCCCCUACGUCUCUUGAGGAUGAGGAGAUUGAGUCCCAAAGGUUGCCUGGCUCUGGUUACUUGCAUUCAGGACUGCUGUCCCUCCAUGAUGAGCUCGAGUUGGGAGAGGGCCGUGAGAGUCGUUUCCUCUACCCCUGGGAGGGUACCCCUCUGGACCUACUCUUUGACUGCCCCCCACGCUCUCCCUCCUGUUCCCCACCGUUAAGCUGUUCCCCAUCACGAGGCUCCGUCUCGCCGCCGUCCUCCCUCCUUCUGUCGCCCGGCAGGCCUUUCCGCUGGACUGGCGGCCGGUCGCGCUCCCGCUCCCGAUCUCAUUCCGGUUCACGCAGCUCCUCUUCAGGCUACCGGAGGCGCUCCCUCUCCAGCUCGCCUGAUAGACGCCCUUCCUCCUGGUGUCGCCACAACAGUGAAUCGAGCACUUUGCGUUCCAGGAGCCACAAGAGCCCACAGUCACAAUCUCCUCUCAGUCGCAGGCCAAGGUACGACAGCUACGAGGAGUAUCAACACGAGAGGUUGAAAAGAGAAGAGUAUCGUCGGGAUUACGAGAAGCGGGACUUUGAAAGGGCCGAGCAGAGGGAUAGGCAACGACGAAAGGCAAUCGAGGAGAGACGGGUGGUGUACGUGGCGAGACUGAGGUCGGACUGCACCCGGACUGAGUUGAAGCGGCGCUUUGAAGUCUUUGGAGAAAUUGAAGAAUGUGCUGUGAACUUGAGGGACGAUGGGGACAAUUUUGGCUUCAUCACAUACCGCUACACGUGCGACGCCUUAGCCGCCCUCGACAACGGACACACCUUGCGGCAGUCAAACGAGCCGCGCUUCGAGCUGUGCUUCGGCGGUCAAAAGCAAUUCUGCAAGUCAGAUUACACAGACUUGGACUCCCAUUCGGACGACUUUGACCCCGCCUCCACCAAAAGCAAGUAUGACUCCUUGGAUUUCGACAGCUUGCUGAAGGAGGCCCAGCGCAGCCUCAGAAGGUAA